GCAUAUUUUGAAAACGGUAAUUCUGGGCCAGAUGCUCUCCUUGUUUAUCUGUGGGACUGCUGUUACAAGCCAGUACCUAGCAGAACAAUACCAAGUGAAUACUCCAAUGUUUCAAAGUUUUAUCAACUAUUCUUUGCUUCUUCUAGUUUAUACAACAAUGCUUGCGUUUAGGACUGGCAGUGACAGUCUCUGGCAAAUUUUAAAACAGAGGUGGUGGAAGUAUAUUUUUUUGGGACUGGCUGAUGUUGAAGCCAAUUACAUGAUUGUAAAAGCCUACCAAUAUACAACGCUCACCAGUGUGCAGCUGCUGGACUGUUUUGGGAUUCCUGUGCUGAUGGCUUUGUCCUGGUUCAUUCUCCACGCAAGAUACAGGCUGAUCCAUUUUCUUGCUGUUGCCAUCUGUUUGCUGGGUGUAGGAACAAUGGUGGGUGCAGACAUUUUGGCAGGGAGGCAGGACAGCGAAGGUAGUGACGUGGUGAUUGGAGAUGUCUUAGUGCUUCUUGGUGCUUCUUUGUAUGCCAUUUCUAAUGUGAGUGAGGAAUACAUUGUGAAAAAUCUGAGCAGAGUGGAGUUUCUAGGAAUGGUGGGCUUGUUUGGGACUAUUAUCAGCGGUCUACAGCUCGCCAUUGUGGAACAUAGGGACAUAAUGAAAAUUCAAUGGAACUGGAAAAUUGCAUUGCUGUUCACAGUCUUUGCCCUCUGUAUGUUUGGGCUCUACAGCUUCAUGCCAGUAGUGAUCAGAGUUACCAGUGCAACCUCGGUCAACCUGGGUAUUCUGACUGCAGAUCUCUACAGUCUGUUCAUUGGGCUAUUCCUCUUUUUCUAUAAGUUUUCAGGUCUUUAUAUCCUGUCCUUCGUUAUCAUCAUGGUGGGCUUCAUCCUGUACUGCUGGGUGCCCACGCGGGCGGCGGAGCCCAGCGCCGUGCCGCAGCCCCACCCCGCCGGCCGG